AUGACAGUCCCGGCUAGGGGAGGGUGCGGGAGGCGGGACCAGAUCAGUGGCCGUUCCACGGCGCUGGCGAGUCUGGGACUAGGGCUGGAGAGAUCGCCGGUGAGCAUCGUCACCACUCCAGCACCGAGCCUCGUCUGGCCGAACACUGCGCCGUGCACUCGUCGGGAUUGCACAACAUUCCUGAGAAAUAUACCUGCUAUUUAUGGCAUGUGGCUGGUAACUUUAUUCCUGCUGUACUCUUUCCAAGAAGUGAACAGUGAGGAUGUGGUCUCGACGCGGCUGUACUUUGUAAACGCCUCCCUGCAGCGGGUGACCUUCUCCAGCUCGGUCGGGGUGUCCCUGCCCUGCCCUGCGGGCGGCGCACCCCAUGCCGUCCUGCGCUGGUACCUGGCCACCGGCGACGACAUCUACGAUGUGCCCCACAUCCGCCACGUGCACGCCAACGGCACCCUCCAGCUCUACCCUUUCUCGCCCUCCGCCUUCAACAGCUACAUCCAUGACAACGACUACUUCUGCACCGCAGAGAACCAGGCCGGCAAGAUCCGCAGCCCCAGCAUCCGCAUCAAAGCAGUGUUCAGGGAGCCCUAUACGGUUCGGGUGGCAGACCAGCGGUCCAUGCGGGGCAACGUGGCCGUGUUCAAGUGCCUCAUCCCCUCGGCCGUGCAGGAGUACGUCAGUGUGGUGUCCUGGGAGAAAGACACCGUCUCCAUGGUGCCAGACAGCGUGGUGAAGAAGGUGCAACAGUGCCUCUUCAACCUCAGGAGGCUGAAGAAAUUUGGCUUGUCAACUAAAACCCUAACAAACUUCUACAGAUGCACAAUCAAGAGCAUACUGUCAGGCUGUGUCACCACCUGGUACGGCAACUGCACCGCCCUCAACCGCAAGGCUCUCCAUAGGGUAGUGUGGUCUGCACAACGCAUCACCAGGGGCAAACUACCUGCCCUCCAGGACACCGACAGCACCCGAUGA